AUGACCGCUGCCGCCAGUGGUUCGAGUAUUGCCGCCUAUGGGUGGGACAUGUUAGCCAAGCUGAAUGUCUCGACGACGUCCACAGUUGUGGAUGUCGACAGGCUUUGGCUGGCUGGUGUCGCCGGGCCUUUGACGGCGAUGGUUCGACGCUUGACGCUCGCGGGGACUUGUCAUGUCGAAGAUCUUGAUGCAUAUGCUACUGAUGUACAGAAUCGUUCUCCAUAG